GACAGCAUAAAGAGGAGCACUCGAGCUACGCAGAACAGUCAGUUCUUUAAGACUACGCAGAACAUUCUAGUCUUUUGCAGAAUAUAUAAUAAGAAUGAAGGAAGUUCUAGCCUUGCUACUGCUGUCUCUGUGCUGCUGCCUGUCCAGGGGACUGGGUGAUAAUCGGGACAGUGAGGGGUACCAGGGGACUGGGGCUAGUCUAGCUGUCUGUCUGCCCGACACCUGUGCCCUGUUCAGGGAACUUGCAGCCAUGAAAGAGAGAUUAGGAACCAUGGACCAGACGCAGGCUGCCCUGAAGGAAAGUUUUGGGGCCAUGGGACAGAAACUGGGAGCUGUGGAGACCAAGCUACAGGGCAGUGAGAGUCAGGUGGAGGAGCUGAAGAAAGUGAAUACAGCUCAAGAGGAAGAACUGAAAGCCUUGAAGAGCUUAUCACCUGCCCAGGCAAAAGUGGCAUUCUCUGUUGCUCUCAGAGACUCUGGCGGUGGGAAUAUUGGACCCUUCACCACCAAUACCCCUUUACAGUACAAAAGAGUCUUCUCCAACUCCGGCAGUAGCUACAAUCCUGCUACAGGCAUCUUCACAGCCAUGGUCAGAGGGAUGUACUGCUUCCGCUACUCCAUGUACAGCAACAACUCCGGCCGUCCCAACUCUGUCGUGUCUCUGAUGAAGAACAGUGAGAAGCUGGUUACUACAUGGAACACUGAUGACAGUAUGAAUGUCCACGAAAGCGCUAGCAACGCAGCGGUAGUGCAAUUGGAGGUGGGAGACAGUGUUUACAUCCAGCUCUGGGCUAACAGGGUCGUCUACGAUGACAUUAAUAACUAUAACACCUUUACUGGGUUCCUACUGUUCACCGUGUAACAAGACCAGUUGAUUUAACUGAGGUUUUGUAAAGAUUAGACUUGAUUGACAAGAUAUUCAUUUGGCCACACGGUAUAGGUUUUCAAAACAAAUACAUCAUAACUGUAUAAGAGUGAAACGAAAAUUAAAGUGAAUUGGCUUACUGUA